AUAUCAUUCUUUCCAUUCACUCAUUUGCUUAUUUCACAUAUAUUUCACAUGUUGUGAUUUAUGUACUUGCGUGUAAUGUAAUUUUUACUUUUUAGGUUCUAUAGUUUGCAGAAUUUUUGUACUAUUCUUGAGAAUACAAGCCACAUAUAAAGAUGUCCAGUAGAAAUGUGCGUAAAGUAUUUGGUGAUAACCGUCUGCCAGAGCCCUGUGACGAUUCUGAUGAUGAUUAUGAACCACUGUAUGCAAAGAAUACAGCUUCAAAGUUCACUUAUGAAGGGCUUGAGUUGAGCUCUCACUCUGAAAAAGAGCAGGAGCCCUCAGAAUCGGAAUCAGUGGAAGAGGUUGAACCCCAGCCAGAAACAAGCAAGAAGAAAAAUAAACGAAAAAAGAAAAAACAAAAGAAAGCGAAAGAGGCAGUUAAAGAUGAAGAUGGAGAGGAUGAAAUAGACAAGUCGCUAAAGGAGAUCAAUGCGUUGAUGGGCGCCCCGCCGAGCGCCGCGCCGGCCGCGUCGCAGCCGCUGCCGGCGCAGCUGCUCAUACCCGACGUGCUGCUGGUGCAGCAGAAGCACUUGAACGUCGCCAAUGAAAUGAAAAAAAUGUUCGGAGCUGAACCCGCUGAAGAAAGAAACAAACGGGGUAACCGCCAGGCACAACUCCGAAUUCAAAAGAAAACCAUCAUUGUACCAUCAGUCGAAUACACAGCCGAUUUCAAGAAAUUUGGGCUAUCAAUGUCAAUGACGCGCAACGAGGACGGGUGCGCGCACUUCACGUUCGACCACAGCAAGGAGUACCGGCACAUGCACCAGCGGUUGCUGCACCUGGCCUCCGUGGGCCGCCGCCAGGGCUGGCCGCAGGCGGCCAUCGAGGAGGCGCAGCGCCAUAUGCACGUCGAAGCCAUGCUUGAGAGUGCAGACAUGUUGUUCCAAAUAGAAGAAUACACCGCAGCCAACACCCUGGUCGAGCGCGCUAUAGCCUACAUGCAGUUUGUUGCUCAUCCCUCAUUUCAGCUAGCAGAUGCACGUACGCGACUGCUAUACACAUAUAUGGAAAACAGGACAUUCCAUGUUGCUGUGUUAAAAUAUAUCCACUUGCUGACUAAUCGAGCUUGCCACCGCACCGCUUUAGAACUAGCUAAAAUGCUGCUGAAUCUCGACCCGUCGGACCCGCUGGCGGUGUUGCUGGUCAUCGACACGCUGGCGCUCCGGGCGCGCGAGCAUCAGUGGCUGAUCGACGCCGUCGAUCACUGGGCCAAGGAGAGGGAUGCCGGGUUCCUGUUUAGCAUACAGUACUCGUAUGCUAUGGCGCAUUUCCAUGUUGCUACUAAAAAUAAAGAGGACACGAGCAAGGCGGAUGAGCUGCUGCAAGCGGCCAUGCUGCGGUUCCCGGCGGUGGUGCUGCGGCUGCUGGAGUGCGCGUCCGUGCCGCCCGGCGCGCGCCUGCAGGCCUGCGCGCUCUUCACCUGCAUAGCCGAGACCAAAAUCACUAAGAAUCUAAAGGAGUUGAUACUGCUGUACGCGAAACUGACGUGGUCGAAGUGGCGCGAGCCGGCCGUGUUCGACUGGCUGCAGCGCAACGCCAACGAGCUCGCCGAGAAAUACGACGGAGACCCCGCCACGCAGGAGCGAGCGAAGGCGCAGGCCAACGAGCAGCUGAACCUGUUCCGCAGCUGGCCCGACGAGGUCAUCCGCCAUCUGUGCGUCAUCAAGCCCAUGGCCAGCCUCCUAGUUGACGGGGCGGUGCCGCAGGUGACGAAUCUGGUGUCGGCGGACCCGUCGCCGCCGCUGCACGGCGUCAACCGCUACGGGUACACGUUCGGCCCGCCGGCCGCCAGCUCCGCGCACUCCGACCUGCGCCUGCUGUUCGCCGCCCUGCUGCCCACCUACGCCGACUUCGCGCCGCACCACCCGGAAGUAAUACUUUACUUCUCCAUCAUUUAUUUCUUCGGUACCGCACUCACAUGUUGUUCAUCUAUACCUCUGCUCAAGCUACCAGCUACUACGACGUCCAUGAUCGGCCUCGCGCUGAUUGCUACGGGCACGGGCUGCGUGAAGCCAUGUGUGGCGGCCUUCGGUGGGGAACAGUUCCGGCUGCCCGAAGAGGAGCGCCAGCUGCAGCGGUUCUUCUCGACGUUCUACUGCACCGUGAACCUGGGCGGGUUCAUAGGCAUGGUGCUCACGCCGGCGCUGCGCCGCGGCGUCAUGUGUUUCGGGGACGACACCUGCUACGCGCUUGGCUUCGGCUUCCCCACCCUCCUCGUCUUUCUCUCCAUCUUUAUCUUUGCCGCGGGAAGAGGCUGGUAUAAAAUAAAACAGCCCCGCGAAAACGUAACAUUGAAAUUCGUCUCAUGUGCCUGGUAUGCUGCGAAGAUGCGACUUCGGGAGGUCGGUACGCCGCCCGCACAUUGGCUUGACUAUUCUAUAAACAAGUAUGGAAGUAAGCUUGUCGCGGACAUGAAGAUCGUCUUCUCUAUCUUGUAUUUGUACCUACCAGUGCCCAUCUUUUGGUCUCUAUUUGAUCAACAGGGUUCCCGCUGGACGUUCCAAGCGUCGCGCCUGCGCAGCGAGCUGUUCGGCGUGACGCUGAUGCCGGACCAGCUGCAGGUGCUGAACCCGGCGCUGGUGCUGCUGCUCAUCCCCGCGUGCCCCGGCGGCGCGUGCCCGCUGCUGCCGGACAUGCCGCCGCUCACCAAGAUGUUCGUCGGCGGCAUGCUGGCCUCCAUGGCUUUCUUUGCGGCCGGCAUACUUCAACUGGGGAUCGAGCGGUCGACGCUGCAGGCGCCGGGUCGGCACCAGUCGGGGCUGGUGGUGCUGAGCACGCUGCGGUGUCCGGUGGAGCUGACGGUGCGCGGCGCGGCGGGCGUGCAGCUGCCGGCGCGCGGCAGCGCCCUGCUGGCGCCGCUGCCGCACGCGGAGCUCGCGCUGCACGCCGCCUGCCCGCGCUCCUGCGAUGGCCGCCACAUGCGCCGGCACCAACUUACCACUACCAUCAAAACUGUUGCAGGACUUUUCAUGCCAGUCGUGAUUGGACAAGAUUCAGAUGACCACAUAUCGUUUCAUUUUAUGGACCCUAAUGCAUUCUGCAAAUCAACAUCUGGGAAACCUAAACUUAAGGUGUUAUACGUGGGUGAGACGGCCCCAAAUAAGAACGUGUCAAUAUCGAUUGAGACCGAGAAGCAGUUGAUGGACAUUUACUACGUGUGCGACUCACCCAUCAACAAUAUCAGCGAGUCUGCGUUCAUGCACCUGGCGCCGGGCUGGUACAGGUGGGGCGCGGAGCACUCGGGCGGGCAGCUGGGCAGGGGCGCGGGCACGCUGCACGCGGGCGGGGUGUACGUGCUGAGCGCGCGCGCGCGCCGCGGCCGGCUCGACAGCGUGCAGCUGCACGCGCCCAACCCCCCCAACGAGCUGCACCUCGCCUGGCUGCUGCCCCAGUACCUGCUCAUCUCCUGCGCCGAGAUCUUGUUCGCCGUCUCCGGGCUGGAGUUCUCAUUCACACAGGCACCGAAGAGCAUGAAAACGAUAACUAUAGCGGCUUGGUACAUGUCGGUGGCCGUGGGCAAUUUUAUCGUUAUACUGGUGGCUCAAGCUAAAAUAUUUGAAUCCAGGGCUACAGAGUUCUUCGUAUACGCUACCAUCCUGGCGAUAGCGAUGCUCGGCUUCCUCAAGAUGACGCAGGGCUACCAUCCCCGCAGCAUCGACGACGAUGACUACUCGGAGGAGAGUAUCCCACUCUUACUUGGGUUGUCUAAGGUGUUAUCAGUGCGUUCGGUAGCCACGUCGAGCACGUUCACCGGCGCCACGGGCGCGACGAGCGCGGCCUCGUGCCUGGGGCGCAUGGAGCGCGCGCGGCCCGGGACCUGGCCGAAGCGCGCGCGCGUGCACCUCGCCACGCCCACCGACAGCGACGCGCCCGCUACCACGCUGGCUAAGAAUUAAC